GCACCGGAGAGGAGGGGGGGUAACAGAGGGAGGGAACAGAGGAGAGGCUGAAGCAGGCGCAGUGCUCCAGCCCGGCGCGCACUGAGAGGACCGGUGGCAGCGCCGCUGAGCCGCCGCCACGGCGACCGCACUCCGUCCGACUCCAUGACAACGGCUGUACGCGUUCGCAGCGCCACGCAGCUCUGCGCAGAGCGAGAGGACGCGGGCAGGGCCAAGAGACGGAACGUCCAGCGCACCUUGCGGACCCAUCCUUCCUGGCUUCUAAAGUGAGAACCCAUCGGCGUCGACCCCCCUCCCCCCCUCAGUUCGCCCUCCACCCCCAGCCUCCCCGACAGGCUCAGGUAUUUCGAUUUGUUCCCCGUGGGGAGAGCGAGGGGGGGAAGUGGAGAUGCCGUGGCUACGGAUGGAGAAACUGCGUGCGGCUUUGCGUCGGAUGUGCCGUUCCGCGUGCGCCUCUCAUCUGCCCUGCCAGCUGGGCGCCGCGUGACGCCCGAGAGAGCCACGCCACCGGAGGGACGCACAUCUCUGCGCGCACUGGGACACGGAGCAUGCAAACGGCCACUCCAGUGGCCUCGCACACAUGAAUCCAAUGGCGCAGCUCUACUACAAGAAGGUGAACUACUCGCCGUACCGCGACCGCAUCCCGCUGCAGAUUGUGAGGGCGGAAGCGGAGCUUUCGCCCGAGGAGAAGGCCUACCUGACGGCGGUGGAGAAAGGAGACUAUGCCGGGGUCAAGCAUGCCCUGCAGGAGGCAGAGAUCUACUACAACAUCAACAUCAACUGCAUGGACCCGCUGGGGCGCAGCGCGCUGCUCAUCGCCAUCGAGAACGAGAACCUGGAGGUUAUGGAGCUCCUGCUCAACCAUGGCGUCUACGUGGGAGACGCGCUCCUCUAUGCCAUCCGCAAGGAGGUGGUGGGGGCCGUGGAGCUGCUCCUGUCCCACCGCCGGCCCAGCGGGGAGAAGCAGGUCCCUUCACUGAUGAUGGACAGCCAGUUCUCGGAGUUCACGCCCGACAUCACACCCAUCAUGCUGGCGGCCCACACCAACAACUACGAGAUCAUCAAGCUUCUGGUGCAGCGCAAGGUGACCAUUCCACGGCCGCACCAGAUCCGCUGCGACUGCGUCGAGUGCGUCUCCAGCUCCGAGGUGGACAGCCUGCGUCACUCCCGCUCUCGCCUCAACAUCUACAAAACACUGGCCAGCCCCUCGCUCAUCGCUCUCUCCAGCGAGGACCCCAUCCUCACAUCCUUCCGCUUGGGCUGGGAGCUGAAGGAGCUCAGCAAGGUGGAGAACGAGUUCAAGCAGGAGUACGAGGAGCUGUCGCAGCAGUGCAAGCGCUUCGCCAAGGACCUCCUGGACCAGGCGCGCAGCUCCCGCGAGCUGGAGAUCAUCCUCAACCACCGCGAUGACCACAGCGAUGAACUUGACCCACAGGAAUGCCACGACCUGGCCAAGCUCAAGCUGGCCAUCAAAUACCACCAGAAGGAGUUCGUGGCCCAGCCCAACUGCCAGCAGCUCCUGGCCACCUUGUGGUACGAUGGUUUCCCCGGCUGGCGGCGGCGCCACUGGGCCGUCAAGCUGGUCAUGUGCUUCAUCAUCGGCCUGCUCUUCCCCGUCUUCUCGCUGGUCUACCUGUUAGCCCCCAAGAGCUCGCUGGGCCUCUUCAUUAAGAAGCCCUUCAUCAAGUUCAUCUGCCACACGGCCUCGUACCUGACCUUCCUCUUCCUCCUGCUGCUGGCUUCCCAGCACAUCGUGCGCACCAACCUGCACAUGCAGGGUCCGCCGCCCACUGUGGUCGAGUGGAUGAUCCUGCCCUGGGUGCUAGGCUUCAUCUGGGCGGAAAUUAAAGAAAUGUGGGACGGAGGCUUCACGGAGUACGUGCACGACUGGUGGAACCUGAUGGACUUUGCCAUGAACUCGCUGUACCUGGCCACGAUUUCCCUCAAAAUUGUGGCGUACAUAAAGUACAACAGCUCGCGGCCGCGAGAAGAGUGGGAAAUGUGGCACCCGACUUUGAUCGCCGAGGCCCUCUUCGCCAUCGCCAACAUCUUCAGCUCGCUGCGGCUCAUCUCGCUUUUCACAGCCAACUCGCACCUGGGCCCUCUGCAGAUCUCGCUGGGCCGCAUGCUGCUCGACAUCCUCAAGUUUCUCUUCAUCUACUGCUUGGUGUUGCUGGCGUUCGCCAACGGCCUCAACCAGCUCUACUUCUAUUAUGAGACGAAGGCCUCCGACGAGCCCAACAACUGCAAGGGCAUCCGCUGCGAGAAGCAGAACAACGCAUUCUCCACGCUGUUCGAGACACUGCAGUCUUUGUUCUGGUCGGUGUUUGGCCUGCUCAACCUGUACGUGACCAAUGUGAAGGCGCGCCACGAGUUCACAGAAUUUGUAGGGGCCACUAUGUUUGGGACCUACAACGUCAUCUCCUUGGUGGUGCUGCUCAACAUGCUCAUUGCCAUGAUGAACAACUCCUACCAGCUCAUCGCUGACCACGCCGACAUCGAGUGGAAGUUCGCCCGCACCAAGCUGUGGAUGAGCUACUUUGAUGAGGGCGGCACCCUCCCCCCGCCCUUCAACAUCAUCCCCAGCCCCAAGUCGGUGUGGUACCUGCUCGUGUGGCUCCACAGGAAGCUGUGCAGGAAGGGCCCCCCGCAGGCCGAUGACCAGAGGAAGCACGAGAACCUGAAGGAGUUCACGGAGCGCCACGCUGACAACCUCAUCCAGAACCAGCAUUACCAGGAGGUGAUCCGAAACCUGGUGAAGAGAUACGUGGCUGCCAUGAUCCGCAGCGCCAAGACAAAUGAGGGUCUGACAGAGGAGAACUUCAAGGAACUGAAACAGGACAUCUCUAGCUUCCGCUACGAGGUCCUCGACCUGCUGGGGAACAGGAAGCCGCCAAGGAGAACGUACUCCUCCAGCAGCGAGGCCACCCUGAAGGACGAGGCCAACGAAAACGAGGACGGACGGAGAGGGCCGUCGGGCGACGGAGCAGACGGAGACGGAGACGGAGACGGAGGCAAAGCGAAGAGCGUGUCCUUCAGCCUGUCGUCGGCGGAGCGGAGGAGCCAGGAAUCGGCGUUCAGCGUCUCUGCCCUCUUCAAGUCCAUGUCAGGGAUGGACAUAGCGGCAGAGGAGAAACCAAAGAGCAACGGGCUGAAGAAGUCUUCCUCCUCCUGCUCGUCCUCCUCCUCCUCCUCCGCGUUCCGCAACGGGAGCCGCCUGCAGCGCCUCUCCAGCUCCAAGAAAGACUCCAUCAAGCGACUGGGCCUGCUUUUCUCCCGCAUGAACGGUCACGUCCCGGAAGCCCGGGAGCAGCCCAUGUACAGCAUCUCGGACGGCCUGCUGCGGCCGCCCAGCACCUGGCAGGACCUCAAGUUCAGCUCUGAGCAGCAGGUGACGCGCAGCGAGGUCAACCUGAGCCAGCUGGGCGUGGGGCAGAGCCAGCCGGGUGCUCCCCAGCCACAGCGGGCCAACGGGCGGGACAGCUUGACGCUUCGGACCCCUGGCUGCGCCCCCGCCUCCUUGCGCUGUUCUUCCGGCUUCGCUGCCUCCAGCUCCCGACUGCUGGACUCCAGCGAGGAUGUGUUUGAGGGCUGGGUGGGGCCCUGCGAUAGGUUGGACUCCUCCCCUUGGGGGGCAGACCAGGAAGACUCGGUGACGACAAAGCUGUAGAGCGAGACGUGCGGCCGCACCCGGAGACGCCGAAGCAGCCGACGGAACCGCGAUGAUCCGUGCGCUUCAUAUGAGCUCAUCGUGGACUGUGUGCGCAGCGCUGCAGCACGGUGGAAAAGCAAAAAGAGACAAGCAGGAAUCGGGGCUUGUGGAGAAACACUUACCUAAUACCCAGGGCUCCUUUAUUACAAACUAUUAUUAGCUUAGAGGGAAAAAGUGGAAAAUGAAAAAAUAAAUAAGAGCUUAGUUAUUGCAAUAGUAGUACAUAUUAACACGGCUGAAUCCCUGUGCGAAGGGGUUUCGUCUUUCUGCUGCCUGCAAAUCUUUCUGUAACUCACCGUUUUCCAUCAAAAAACCGAACCGCGUCAAACCCCCAAAGGCUGUCACCUUUUCCAUUCCCCUGCAAAGCCACCGCUGGGCCACGUGCCAGGAGGCAAGAAGCUCGAGACGGCGUCUCCAGGAGCCUGUUGGGCGUGCUUGCGAUGCGCAGCCGUGCCAGGGGCGUGCCAGGGGUGUGCCGGGGGUGUCCCGGGGUUCGGGGCCCAGAGAACCCGGGCCCGCCUCCCAGAGGCGCUCGUGGCUCGAGACGCGGGAAGGGGUGCCAGAUGGACGCGAGAUGCACGUGAGGGAGCAGCGGGAGAUCAGCAGAAGAUUACAUCAAGAGCGACGGAUCUUAUUUAAAGACAACCUCCAAACAAGCUGUGUCAGAGACUUAAAUUAUUCAAAGUGCUGUUUUCUGCCUACACUUUUUUUUUUAAGUUAUUAUUAUUAUUAUUAUUAUUAUUAGGAAAAAAAAAAUCUGCCCAAGCCUCUUAUCCAGCCUGGCAACACAGGAGCCCCAUUCUCCAGCUGUGCCAAAGCAUCCUGGCUAAUCACACGUGUCGUCGUGCCCCCUGCAUGGCCUUAGGGUUCCGGAGCGGGAGGGGAAAGCGCUCCGUUCGUCACGUUUUAGCGGAACUCGUCCCAGUGGCGCAACGCAGCCGAAACUCGCGCGGUCCAGGCUCCGCAUCAGUUUCUCGCUUCGCGGCGCCUGAACAGAAUAUUCAAACAGCAGUGAGCAUCACGCAAGAAAGUGGAUCAGGACUAUCGCGUUGCUAUCAAAGCACCAUCUCUGUUGGUUUAGUAAUAAGAAAAUGAAACUCGUUUUGUUCAACCUCGUCACUGUGUUAGUUCUUCUCAUAAAUUAGUCCAACCUAACGAAUACCAAUUUUCCUAACAUUUCAACAAAUGGCAUCUCAACCUCACACCCCAGCCUUUUUCCCCCCCCCCUCCAAAAAUAUAAGGAUGUUUGUUGGAUGGUAUUGUGUCAUUGCCUCUGACUGCCAAAGGGGCUUCGAAGGUUUCGAUGGAAAUUUUUUUGGUUUUACAAUCUUUUAUAUUUGUCUCAAAAACGCCAUUUUCUUCUGCACCACAGAACAUGUUGGAUUAACCUUUUUUGCCCUUUUUUCAAAUGUGAAAUAUGACAAUUUUUAAGUCUUUUUUUAAAAAUGGGACCACCAUCUUAUGGGGAAAAAACAGUAAUGAGGCACAAAGCUUCCACACAUUUCCUAAAGCUGUACCAAACGAGCUAAUUUUACAUCUUUUUUAUUUGAUAAA